GAUAUUUCGAAUUGGAAAUCGCCGACCAAUUUUUGAGAGAGGGCAGAGCGAUCACGACAGCCCACCGCCGCGAUGCCCCCCAGAUUACCGUUUGCGCAGGCGGCGCAAUGCUGCAGAAGGGCCCUCGAGGUGCCGCCAAAGCAGCCAUCUCUCGUCUCCCUCUUCGCCGCGCUGUCUGUGCAGACCAGGAGCGCCUCGAUUCUCGCCAGCCUCUCUGACAACAAGGGUGCCUACCAUAAGCGCAUCCGCAGAGGUCGUGGUGCCUCGUCCGGCUAUGGCAAGACGGCCGGUCGUGGUAUGAAGGGUACAAAGGCCCGCAACAAGGUCAACCCGUGGUUUCAGGGUGGUCAGACUCCCCUCAUCUUCAAGCAUGGUCAGAAGGGCUUUGUCAACCACCGCGCGCCGGUAAUGGCCGAACUUAACCUCGACCGACUGCAAUGCUGGAUCGACGCUGGCCGCCUGGAUCCCACCAAGACGAUCACCCCCCGCGAACUUGUGAGGUCUGGACUGGUUGGAAUCAAGGAUGGGAUCAAGCUUCUCGCCCGUGGAAAGAACGAGAUCAGGACACCGAUCGACAUUGUCGUCUCCCGAGCAUCAGCCUCUGCCAUCCUGGCUGUCGAGGCCGCUGGCGGCAAGAUUACGACGAGAUACUACACAAAGGCGGCCAUCAAGAACCUGGUUUCCGGAAAGAGCGUCCACACCGACAAGCCCCUUCCGGUCGGACCCGAGCAUGUCGAAAGUGUGUUGCAGCAGGCGAGGACGAGCAGAAAGCACUUUUACCGGUUGCCAGACCCGACGAGCAGAUGGGAUAUCGAGUACUACCGGGAUCCUGCACACAGAGGGUACCUGAGCCACACGUUGAAGACCGGCGAGUCGCCCAGUUUGUACUUCAAGGUGCCUGGGGAGAAGGCUCUUGUGGGCAAGAAGUCGAAGAAGUCGGCCGACGCGAGCGAGGAGAGGCUCUUUUAG